AUAGUUCGUUCGUUUCGAACUUCAAUAAGUUUUCUUCUGCCAGUCGAUUAAGAAACGUGCGGGCUUACAGAACUGAAGCGUACGCACUAAUCUUUGGAUGUCAACAUCUAAGAUUUAGAUUACGCACUUUGGCAGAGCAAAACAGUUUGCACUUCGAUUUAUGGUAUUGGUGCGUGCAAGAUAUUCAUAAUCUUAUCAUCUUGGGUUAGCGAAGAACAUAAGCAAAUCUAAAAGUCACGGUUCGUCAUUAGUUGAUCCCAUAGGAACGGUUAUGGCAGCACAGAGCAAGCUACUGGAGGCAGCAAUCAAUUGCAGCUGCCAACCCUAUGUGCAUCCUUGGACAACAAGCUGUGCCAGUCAUGCGGCGGGCAUGUUGCUCUCCGGCAUACCAGGAGCCUUUAAGACAUACUCUACUGUUUAUUUGGCAGCAUUAGUAAUGCGUAUGCGUGUGCCAACGCUUUUGGAUUUGAAACGCACAGUACAGAGCAUUUUAACCUCGACCACUUUUCUCGCCUCCAAUGGCUUUCUGUUUGGCGUCUUUGUCUGCCUGCUGCGCUACUUACUCGGACGCUUUUACUUCAGCACUGUGGUCUUUGUGCCGGCGUUAAUCGCUGCCAGGAUAGCCAUUACUAUUGAGCGGCCCGUGCGACGUGCACCGCUGGCAUUUUAUGUGGCCAAUGUCGCAACUGAAUCGCUCUGGAAAAUGCUCGAGGCACGCGGUUGGGUGCGCUCGUUGCCUAAUGGACAAGUUUUAAUUCUGGGCAUCAGUUUAACAGCUCUGCUCUAUAUGUAUCGCACGGGCGUGCAUCUGACCAAGCCUUCGCUCAACGAUGCGACCUUUAAAGCUCUGCGCAUAGUCAUUGGCAAACAGGAGGAGGGUCCGCUAAGGCAGAACCCAGUCAUAACGCAGCAAACCUCACGCCACCCACCGCUCAAUCUUCGCUGCAUUAGCAGCUAUGUGCAGCUAUACGACCGUCUCACCAAGUUUCGUCAUCCCAGCUGCCCGCAUACUCAGGGCUGUUUGACUUAUGCGCUACGUGGCGGUCUGCGACCUUUCCUGGGCGGCGUUGGACUGCAGGUGGGCCUCAAGCUGCUGCUGAACGCAACGAAGAUAUUCAAACUAAAGAUGCAGUGGCGCAAACAAAUCUUUAACAAAGGCUCGCUGCAGCUGGGCCUGGCGCUGGGCAGCUUCUCACUGCUAUACAAGGCUAUAUCCUGUGCGCUACGCAAUUCUUAUGGCUACGAUAGCGCCUUGUUUGCCUUACCCGCUGGCUUGGUUGGCACAGUGGGACUGUUUCAGUUCCCCAACACUACGAUUGCGUUAUAUGUGAUGUGGAAGGCAUUGCAGCUGUUCUACAGUUGGGGUCUUGAGCAGCGCCAGCUGCCCGAAGUGCCGCAUUUCAUUGUCAUGCUCUAUGCCGUUUGCACAGGAAUUCUCUUCCACUGCGCUAUCCUUGAGGCCGGCACCUUGCGCGACAGCUACUACAAGUUCCUAAUGAAUAUUUCUGGCCAAAGAAUCGCGCGCUAUAAUGUGAAAGCUUUUGAAGUCUUUGGUCUCAAGAGUCAGCAGCAAAUAUCUGAUGUUGUCAAGAAGCUUAACAUCAAUAUGAGCGCAGAACUGCCGAAAUUUGCUCUAGUCGUUUAGUUGCAGCAUUCAUUGUUAUUAUGGCAAAUGAG